GCAUUUUAUUUGCUGUUGUCAUCUUGCUUUGAUGGUUUAUCAAUGGACACUACAUCUAGGUACAGUACGUGUUUUAAAAAUACCAACUUUAGGAUAAUUGUCGGUUAGAUUCAUUGAAUACCAACUUGUUAAUCAGUUGAUGUCUUGGUGCUGACAGCAAAUAGUAUCUGCGGGUUUUUAAUCGUCUGUCUGACAGGAUGGUUGGAACCGGUGAUGGUUGUCAUGAAAUUGGAGAUCGUAUUGAUUGCGAUGGACAUCCAGGUACUGUUUGCUACAUUGGACCAGUUGUUGACACAAAUGGUUUGUGGUUAGGAAUUGAUUGGGAUGAUCCGGCACGAGGAAAGCACAAUGGCACUUAUCAUGACGUUGAAUAUUUCAAGACAAGGUAUCCAACAUCUGGGUCAUUUGUUCGUCCUGGUAAAGUUAAAACAGGAAUUUCUUGUCCUGAGUCAAUAAGACAGCGAUAUGGUCUCGUUGAUGACGAGCUGGCAGGUGUUGAUCGUGAUAAAUUGUCUAGUUUGAAACGUGAAAUAAACGCGCCAUUUUUGGAGAUGGUUGGAUUUUCAAAAGUAAACAAAACACAAAGUGCAUUUGAUCAGUUAAAAGUUAUUUGUUUAAGAGAACAAUUAGUAUCUAGUGCUGGGGUUCCUGGUGAACUACAAAAGCUCUGUCCCAAUUUACGGGAACUAGAUAUUUCGAAAAAUUUAAUUAAUUCCUGGAAGAUUGUUGCUGAUAUUUGUUCCCAAUUGACGAAACUUGAGCGUCUUGAUGUCAGCGAAAACUUAUUGCCGACAAAGAUUGAUGAUGAUCUGAGUAAUGCAUUUAUUAAUGUAAAUCAAUUGAUAAUGGCGCGAAUGAAUUAUGACUGGUCGGACAUCGAGUGGUGCACGUCAUUAUUUCCAGCACUUAGGAUUCUCUAUGUACCGUUUAAUUAUGCCAGUGUAUUGAACGAGCCUCCAGGAAAUUCAAACCUACGUCAGCUGGUUGAUCUGUCACUCGAGGGAAAUGGUAUCAGUAGCUGGGAUGAAGUUUUGAAACUAGGAAAUUUAUUAAGCUUGGAAAACCUCAAUUUAAACUCAAAUAAAAUUCAACGAAUAAGAUUCACAUGUGAUAAUGGUACGGAGAAGACUAAAACGUUUCCUGCGCUUCGGCAAUUGCAUUUGUCCAAAAAUUGUAUCGAUGAGUGGAGAUCAAUUAAUGAAUUAGAAAAAUUAAUUAGUCUUGAAGAUUUAAAAUUACGUGACAAUCCAGUAUUUAAUGAUGAUAAUUACGAGUCAGUUCAUGAAUCAAUAAUAGGGCGUAUUUCAAAAUUAAAGUGGUUAAAUGGCAUUGAAAUAAGUCGAGAAGAAAGAAAUGGUGCUGAGUAUGAUUAUUUGAAGGCAUAUGCAACAGAGUGGAAGCUACUGAAUCCUGAUGAUGGUAAAGAUGUCGAUGAGAGUCGAAGAAAAGAAUUUAUUGAAAAUCAUCCGCGAUAUUUACCUCUAAUUGAAAAGCAUGGAGCUGUUGAAAUUUCUACUCCGCCGGGUGGAGGUGAAAUGAAGUCUGACGUGAUAACUGUAGAGUUUGUCAGCACAAAUGCCGAGUCGAAAGUUAAAAGUGUUAAAAAAAAACUUUUGAAAGACAUGGACGUACAAAAACUAACGGGUUUAGUUCAACGAAUGUUCAAAAUCGCCGGUAAAAUUCCUAAACUCUCGCUUAUUCCAUCAAAUAGACCAAAAGAUGAAAUUCCUCUUGACAAAUCUUUACAACAAUUAAGUUAUUAUUCCAUUCAAGAUGGCGAUCAGAUAUUAGUCCGCUGGUGACAUUGAUCUAGUUUAUUCCGCUGUAUUUAUAAAUAUAAAAAAUAUAAUAGGUAAAAACAAA